AUGAGAGACAUGCGCGACGCGGGAGGCGCCCUCGGCCCUGUAGAUGGUCGAAAUCCUCAGCUUCACAAUUUAACUUGUUCAAUGACUUUUGUGGAAAAAGGGGAUUUAGUUUUUAUUACCUCUGAUGGAAUAUCUGACAAUUUUGAUCCAGUUGUAGGCAAAUUUUGCUCAAUUAAAAGGCCACGGGAUGAGGCGGAAGAGGAAGUAACUGAAACUAUUACCAAUGAAAAGGAGAAUAAUUUAACAACAAAUAAUCAGCAACAAAGAAACAAGUAA